GGCAAUUUGAAAAGAGUGGCCGAUUGGGAAUGGGCCCGCGCAAUUUUGAUUUGAAAAUUGGCAUUAUGGGCGUGGGGUGGGAAAGAAUGGGUAAAUUGGAGAUGGGAGAGAGUGGGGAAAUUGCGAUGGGGGAAAAUGGGUGGGGAAAGGGGCCAAUUUGGGCCAACCACAAAGGUGAUCGUGAUUUGAAAUUGCCAUUUUGGGUGGGGGGAAGAAUGGGCCAAUUGGAAAUGGGAAAGAGUGGGGAAAUUGCGAUGGGGGAAAAUGGGUGGGGAAAGGGG